AUGGUAGAAAAUCUCGGUCGUGUUCCCGGCUAUGGCUCUGGUUAUUGCCAGUACGGCAACCUGAACAGCCAGCACAGCGGCACAGACCGCCAAGAAAUAAGACCAUUGUCGGCCAAUCUCUCCGGUGUAAAUGAAAACUCCAAUAAGCAAGGAUACGAUUCCGAUUGUCAGAAAAACGUAGUGGCAACAAUGCACCGAAAAUCUGACGAAUUUUCCACUUUGCGGUUCUCUGAUUCGAAUACUUUCUCCGCAGGUCACAGCUCUAGGACUGACUGUGUUGCUCGCCCUGCAUCACACUCAACUGCAACUUCUGCACGUCUGAGUUCAGAUACAACCCUAAACACUUCGAAGUAUGUCUUCAAACUCCGAAAGCCUGUCUACUUAGCCACGUUCAAUGUCCGCGCACUGAAACAAGCAGAUCAACAGGUGGCUAUUGCGCGUACGCUGGAUUCCCUCUGUAUUGAUAUAUGUUGUCUGUCAGAAACAAGGACGCAGGACGCAAGUACUGUGAGCGAACUGACUGCCCACUCGCUCUCCUCCAGGUUCCGACUGUGCACCUCUGGUGAUGCAGAGGCCACUGCAGCUGGAUAUGCGGGGUUGGGUAUUGUAUUAAGCGAACGAGCGGAAGGGUCUCUGCUUGGUUGGAUACCCGUUGACAGUCGCCUCUGUGCGGUUCGUUUGGCAACAUCGGUGAGAGAAUCUAGAGAAAGUGAGGUUCAUCGCACCCUUUUCAUUGUGUCUGCAUACGACCCAGCUGACUGUAGCCCUGAAUCUGUCAAGGACAAUUUCUAUGACGCUCUAGGUGUCCUCCUACAACAGGCUAAAAGCUCAGAUAUCGUUGUGGUUGCUGGUGAUAUGAACGCCCAGGUAGGUAGACCAAGCGCUGCUGAGGCCCGAUUGGGUGGUCGUCUUGGUUUGGACACUAAACGCACGGACAACAGAGACCGCUUUCUUCAGAUGUGUGCCGAUCACAGACUGUUCCUUUGCAGUACGAAUUUCCGGAACAGCGGAAAUCGCUUGACAACGUGGUGCCCACCAUCAAAGCAGCGCCAAAUCCAAAUAGACCACAUCGCCGUCAGUUAUCGGUGGCGAGGGUCGAUCACCGCCUGCCGCUCCUUCUAAAACACCAGCGUGGACUCCGACCAUGCACCUGUACGCUGCUGCUUUUCAUUGCGCUUUUCAGGUGUACGCAAAGUGCGCACACCUCGUUUAGCCACUAAGAAGCUAGUGGACCCAGAAGUCAAACGAAACUAUCAAAAUCAGCUCCUUGAAUGCAUGCCGGACGGUGCGGUGUCGGAUAUAAACGGCCACUGGGAAAAAAAUAUCCAAGGCGCUACUCGAAGCAGGAGCGUCUGCUUGUGGUACAACUCGGCCACCCUCAUUCAAGCACUGGAUCUCUGAUAGGACCGUGUCUUUGCUGGAGACCCGGCGACGUAUUCCACGUGACGGCCACCACAACUCCACCAGGCGCAUCAUCUGACGCCAGGCGGAAAUGAGUGUCCGCACAGACCGAGAAGCUUGGUAAACCCGAAAUCCCGAAGAAAUGGAAGAUGCAAAGAAUGUUGGAAACUUGCUGAAACGGUUACACUUGAUUCGUUUGACUGGUACUCGGAAACCUCUUGUCAGCGAAAUAAUCAGGGACCAGAAUGGUUCCCUGAUAUGCAACAAAGCAGGACGUUUGGACCGCUGGGUACAGUACUUUGAGCAGCAACUCAGCCGGCCAUCUGCUACCUCCAAUCCAGAAACCCGGCCUUCAACAGAAAGGUGGACUGUAAAUACGGAGCCGCCUUCAGUCUCAGAAGUGUCCGAAUGCAUUUCUCUGCUCAAGCGUCAUCGUGCUGCUGGUCCUAACGACCUUCCACUGGCUCUUUUUAGAGAUGGUGGUGGAUUCCUCAGCCAGUGCCUGUCUAGCCUGUUUGGGUCUAUCUAGGAGAAGGAGAUCGUCCCAGACAACUGGGGUGAGUCAAUAGUAGUGCCCAUUUUCAAAAAAGGUACUCGCAGUGAAUGUAGCAACCACAGAGGUGUUUGUUUAACGCCUGUUGUGACAAGGCUCCUGACCUCAUUGAUCCUUCGUCGUCUCAUGGCGGCACGCGAAGUCUUGACUCGUGAGAAUCAAGCGGGAUUUCGACCGGGUAGAGGCUUUACACUCCAUCAGGUGUUAGGGCAACGCCACAUGUACAGACGACCCACAACCUCGGUAUUCCUUGACUUCAAGGGUGCGUUCGAUUCUGUUGAUCGAUCGGUGGUUAAUUACACUUGCUCAACAGGGUAUGCCCCAGAAGUUUGUAAAGAUAAUCCGAUCCCCAUAUUCACAUACUUCUGGGCUGGUGAGGGUGCGUGGUGAGGUUUCCAAAAGCUUCCCUACAAAAAGUGGUGUCAGACAAGGAUGUCCACUCUACUCAUUCUUGUUCAACUUCGUCAUCGAUGAAAUAAUUAGGCAAACACUGGACGGUUUUCAAAAUUCUGGUGUUCAAAUUAUCGCUGGCAAGAGCCUUGUCGAUCUGGAGUACACAGCUGACAUCGCUCUAAUUGUUGAAGCCCUGAUGAAUAAGCUGACCACCAUCAUACCACCUCUUGGCAUCCGCGUUGCACCUUCGAAGUGCAAAGUCCUGCUUCAGAACAUGCCAUCUGCGAACAUAUUCCUCAUAAUUCAAGGAGAAUCACUGGAGAUUGCGGAAAACUUUACAUAACUCGGUAGUUAUAUUAGUUCUGACAGAAAUGUGUCUGAUGAAGUCAGUGCAAGAAUCUCAAAGGCUCGAAUCACGUUUGCUAAUUUGCGUCACUUGUGGUGUCAAAAAGGUAUCUCACUGGAUCUUAAAGGUCGUGUGUACCAGGCUACAGUAAGGACUGUUUUGUUGUAUGGGGGCGAGACAUGGCCUCUUCGGGUAGAUGAUGUGGGGCGUAUUCAGGUUUUCGACCACCGAUGCCUCAGAAGCGUAGCUGGUUGUGAAUGGCGUCAGCGUGUCAGUAACAGGUCGAUUAGAAAACGGGUAUUUGGUUGUGCUGCAGGCACCUCAAUCCGGGAAAACAUCCAGCAUCAUCGACUGCGAUGGCUUGGUCAUGUGCUACGCGUGCCGAAGCACUGUCUACAGAGACAAGUGUUAUUCUCUGUGCCUCCUUCAGGA